AUGGCCUGUUGGAGGGACAGGAGUUGCAAGGAGGGUGAUCCUCUUCGUCCGGCUCCGCGAGAUUCGGCAAAAGUCCUGGACUACUCGUAUAAUACAUGGCAUCAACUCCUUUGGUCUGCCGAAGCCAAAGCACAACUACCCGAUGCUUGUAGCAGUUUAAGGGUCCUUUUGCAUAGCACUCCCGCUAUUCCAGACACAUCCAAGAUUUCUGAGUUUGCUGGGGAUUACUCUCUAUCCCUGGAAGGAUACUCGAUUUGGAAUAUCAACUCAACAUCACCCUGUCAUCUUACCACCGAGACUAAGAAGGCCAGGCCUCAGACGAUACGCAUCGGUGUACUAGAACCUACAUUCUGUUCCCUUUCAGAAAAUUUUCUUUCUGAAUGGCCAGGUUUUGAAGCUUUACCCGAUGCAUCUGGUAGCAAUUUUCUUUCAGUGUUCGUUUUGGGCUGGUCAUACGUCCUCUCUACACGCUUGAUUGAACUUCGAGGAAAUCAACAUGACCAGACUCACUAUACCAACAAUAUAGCAAAAAUGGCAAACAAAUCAGGUGGCUUGAAUUCGAAUGCUGGAUAUGAGCUGCCUAUUGGUGAAGCAUUAGCACAGGAGUCUAGAUGGUGGGCUGCAAUUCUCGCUAGUGGGUGUGGAUGGCGAGCAACGCUUAACCGCCAGAAUAAGGAGUACCAUUCUCCAUGGAGUUGCCACUUGAAGGAUGGUGGAAAACCGUUUACUCUUAUUCAUGAUAAAUCGGAACUCAACAUAUCUUCUGAAAGAGAUCCUCCGUCCUCAGCUCAGGCUCAGAGUUAUCUCUUUCGGGUGGCGGAAAUGCAUGAUAUAUUCGAUCAGCUUCUCGCAGCCUUCGCUGCUGUCCUUACUAUCCCGUACCACAUGAGAUUUGGAGCACCUGUCAAUCUUCCUAAACCUUACCUACAUACCCACCCAAAGAAGCAGAGCACUAUUGGAUAUAAACAGAAGAUCCCCACCUUUGACGAGCUUCCAUAUUUCAUGUCAUUUUCCACUAUACCUAAUGUGAUAUCUUCAUGCCUCUUUAGUUGUUUCUGGGAAGUGGGAAUACCCUGUAACCUUGCUAGCGAAUGGCUACAUACACCACUUAGUGAUAUCUUACCGGCUCUUAUCCUUGAGCAAAAGCAUCACAUUAUCGUACAGAUGCUAGCCACAAGGUCUCCAAAUAUGGCACCUUUACUAUUAGGCUCAGCCAUCACUGGAAUGCUGCAUCGCAUACCAGAAGUAUAUAAGUCAUUUAUACCCCCAAUUUGCCUCGAGGCAGCUGUAUGGAGUUCGUCACAACAAUCCUUUAUGGAUCCAGUUUCUCACCACAUGCCGAAAUUGAAAAGGAAUAUUGCAUUCAAGAAAUUGAUUACGCGCGAAGAUGAAUUCCGAAUUCUAUACAUUACAGAUUUUGAAUCUGUAGACUACCCAGCUUUACCCCUAAGCCCUUACCCUCCAUUUGGGUAUGUGAGACUUAGAGAUACUGCUCUCGAAGUUCAGCUACACGUUUUAUGCGGCCAUAGUUUAAACUAUAGUCACUGGGUUUGGCAAGGUCAAGACUCAGGAGAGGUGCGAUGCUUGGAUGAUUACGGAUUUACCCUAUCAGGAAACAUGUCCCCUCUCUCUGGAUAUGGUAAAGCUGGUAGCGCCAUUGCUCAACUCGUAAAUAGAGCCUUCCUGUCGGUAACGCGAGAGUUAUCCACCUAUUGUAUUCCUUUCAUUAUAAGACCGCAGCGAAUUUCAAACGGGGACAUUAAGGAAAGACUUUCCGAAAUUGCCACUCGAAACCUAUUCUCCUGGACUCUUUUCUCCGACGGUGUGAGAAAAGAGGAAAAGGAGCUAUGGAAUCAUGAAUGGUUAGAAUUUCUCUUGGGAGUGGACGAAAAUGAUUCGGUGGCAGAUUCCGACUUGAGCCUGUUAUCAAUCAAUGGGCAAUCAAAAUCUGCAAUAUCGUCAUGGUUGCAAACAACAUUAGUAAGGAUAGACAAUAGUGCGUGA